UCUAGAUAUUCCCGGCAGGACUUUAUUCGUUAGCAAACAGCAAUUAAAUGUCUUCAACCAGAUUCGCUCCACUAGCCGCCUGUUUAGUUCUAUUCAGCAUCACACUGGCACUGAGCAGCGUUCAAGCGAAUCCGCAAAUCGAUCUCCUCGGAGGCUACGAUAUCAUCGGUGUCUGCAUAAACAACUGUGCUCAGUGCAAGAAAAUGUUUGGUGAAUUUUUCGAAGGACACCUCUGCGCUGAAGCGUGUAUCCAGUUCAAGGGAAAAAUGGUUCCGGACUGCGAGGAUAUCCAUUCGAUUGCUCCAUUCCUGAAUAAGCUAAACUAGGAAAGCAUCCUUCUACUAUAGUGUUGACCCCACUCAUACGACCUCUGGCAAUUCCAAUAUAUGUGUGUGUGCGUGUUUAUUUUUAUAUAAUGCUCGCCCAAACAGAAGCAAAAUGCUACCUUACGCAAGUUCACAAAUAAAUUAA